AUGAGUUCGAAUAACUCCACCUUGACUGAUUUUAAUAAAGCACUGAAGGAUGUGUACGAGAGAUUAAAUCCUGGCGAUGAACGUUGUGCAUCCUUCUUGGAGUCAUUUCGGAAGAUGAUGGAGCGUGAAAUAGAGGAGAAGAACCUCGAAACCUUGGAUGGGCUCGUGGGUGCUAUAAAUAGUUUUUUAUCUAAUUAA